ACUCAAGUAGUUCCGGAUUUUUAAAGCAGCGAUACAAGGACACCGACUCCGCCGCGCACAGGGUGUAUCAGGCAGUGAGAGGAGCAUGGCGCGGCUGUUAAGGACCGGUUUACGCAGUUAUUUCACCACUCAGAUCCGCAUGGGGUCGGACCAGUUAGGUGAGUUGGGCAAAGGUGCGGGUAAAGGUGGAGGAGGUGGAGGCUCCAUCAGAGAAGCGGGCGGAGCCUUCGGCAAGAAAGAGGCAGCAGAAGAGGAGCGCUAUUUCAGGCAAAAAGAGAAGGAGCAGCUGGCCGCUCUGAGGCAGCACCACCAGGACGAGAUCGAGCACCACAAGAAGGAGAUCGAGCGCCUGCAGCGCGAGAUCGACCGCCAUAAGGGCAAAAUCCGGAAACUUAAACAUGAUGACUGAGCUGGCGCCGGUGCCGUGUUAGCAUGUGUUUCUACCCAAAGUGACCUGACGACUGCUCUGAGAAGCAGCUCUACACAUUCUGUAAUGUCUUAGUAUACUUAAUGAAUAAAGAUCAUAGGAUGUUUUCCA